GUCACGGUUCACACCGACCCCCGCAGUACGCUCUUCCGGGAUUUACCGGGCGUUACUACCAGUCUAGUCUCGGCCGCCUUUAACCCCUCCUUUGCCGCGGUCAGCCUCUUCCCACCGGGCUGACAUUUCCCUCCCCGCCACCGCUGCAUCGUUCCAUCCCAGAUGCACGUCCCAGCGAUGAAGUUAUGUACGUGGGGCGUGCUUUCAUUUCGUUAUGCCUUGUGAUUUCAGCCUGGCUUUAAAACGGCGGCAGUCGCUAGACACCCAUGCUAAAGCCUCACCCAGCGCUCCGUCUGUCUGCUUAGUGCUGCCUCUGCUCCCCCCACCCCCCAACCCCAUAUGGCAUUGUGCGGCUGAGGACUGCGUCUUCUGGGGUUCGCGGGAUCAGCGCAGAAGCAUCAGGUUGCUGAAACGUGCCUUUUUUGCUGAAGCUAACGCUGCUUGGAUUUCUGUCUAGUGCUGCCUCUCUCCUUCUUUUUUUUUUUUUUUUUUUUUUUAUUUGCCGUUGCUUGCAGGCCAAACUCAUACGGCAAUUAGUCUACAAAUGUUAGCACUCAAAAAUAAAUAAAUAUAUAUAUAAAGAUAUAACAUUUUCAUUAUUCGUCACGCCUUUGCCCACCAUUAUUCAGCAGAAGAAAGAAGGAAAAAAAAAAAAGGAAAUUUUGCCGAAGCGUUUUCACGACCGCAACUGCAAGCGUUAAGUUGAGAGCACAGAAUUGUUUUCACGGUUUGCAUAGGCUACUUAUCUACCCCCCAACUUGCAAGUCCAGAAGUGGCAUAAAGCCGACACGUUCAGACUUUGACAUUUGCACUUUUUAAAGAGCUGGCCUCUGAUUUUAGAUUUUAUUUUUAUUUUCAAUUUAUCUGAUAAAACUUCUAUUUUAUGGUUGGAUUGUCAUGUUUUAUUCGUGUCUCUAAAAAAGAUACAAAUUGACUAAAAAAAAAAAGGAAGAAGAAAAAAAAAAAUAUUUUAAAAAGAAACCUUAAGUGCUGACAAUUUAUUAUCUUUUUUUUUUAACCAAAGUGAUAAACUAGUUCUUUUAUUCAUUUUAAACUUGAAUUCCACAACCAUCCCCCCCUCCCCCUUCCCCUUGUGAUCAGAAGAAAAACGAUUGUAGUACGACGGAGGGGUUUGCUUUCGGGCCUGGACACCCUGUCUUUAACAUGGCCGUUAACGUCUCCUUGGUGCGUGACACAAAAUGGCUGACGCUGGAAGUAUGUCGGGAGUUCCAGAGAGGCACUUGUUCGAGGUCUGACGCAGAGUGCAAGUUUGCACAUCCAUCACGGAGUUGCCACGUGGAAAACGGGAGAGUGAUUGCCUGCUUUGAUUCAUUAAAGGGUCGGUGUACGAGAGAAAAUUGUAAAUAUCUGCAUCCUCCUCCGCACUUAAAAACCCAGCUAGAAAUUAAUGGACGGAAUAACCUUAUACAGCAAAAGACAGCAGCCGCAAUGCUCGCACAGCAGAUGCAGUUCAUGCUCCCUGGCACCCAGCUACAGCCAAUUACCACAUUCCCUGUGACUCCAUCGCUUGCAACAAGCCCAUCCAUGGCUUUUAGUCCCUACUUGAGUCACAUCUCCCCAGGCAUGGGUCUCGUUCCUGCAGAGCUUUUACCAAAUACUCCUGUCCUGGUUUCUGGGAACCCAGGGGUUACGGUACCUGGUGGCUCUGCUGGUCAGAAACUGGUGCGCACAGACAAACUGGAGGUUUGCAGAGAAUUCCAGCGUGGGAACUGCACCCGUGGUGAGAAUGACUGCCGCUAUGCGCAUCCGAUAGAUAUUGCCAUGAUUGACACCAAUGAGAACACUGUAACUGUUUGCAUGGAUUACAUCAAAGGCCGAUGCUCUAGGGAGAAAUGCAAGUACUUUCACCCCCCUGCACACCUGCAAGCCAAAAUAAAGGCAGCUCAGCACCAGGUGAACCAAACAGCCGCAGCUGCUAUGGCGCUGCAGCCUGGAGCACUUCAACCUUUACCAAAGAGGCCAGCACUUGAAAAAAGCAACGGGGCCACCACGAUGUUUAACCCCAGUGUUUUUCACUACCAACAGGCUCUAGCAAAUAUGCAGUUACAACAACCUGCAUUUAUCCCCACUGUACCCAUGAUGCACGGUGCUACGCCCACCACUGUGUCUGCAGCAACAACACCUGCCACCAGCGUGCCCUUCGCUGCAACAGCUACAGCCAAUCAGAUGUCCCAAUUUUCACUAGAUGAACUGAAUAACAGCAUGUAUGUAUCACAGAUCUUACCCAUAGAACAGCCAUGGAUACAUUACACAGGACUGAUACACGGGCUUUACCAUUCUACUGCAUAUAGGGGUCAACUGCCUGAUAAAAGAAAGUAGGCCAUGUUGAAAUUCUGAACAGCAGAAUUAUGGAGUAUCAGAAUUUAUCCGUGGGAAGUUACACAUGGCCUUUCUGUAAAUAUCCAUUACUGGCGUCCUCUACCACCUCGACCGUAAGCCUGCUGCAGUCUAC